CCAAUUUGUAAGUCGCUCUGGAUAAGAGCGUCUGCUAAAUGACUUAAAUGUAAAUGUAAAUGUUGAGUCUACCUUCUGUGUCGCAGAGGCAAAAAUCUCUGGUAAUGUUUGAGUGACAGAUAGGGUCUGGUCAUCGGUCGAGACCUCGAAGGCCGUCUCCAGGCAUUGGACUGCAACUGGAAAAUAAUCAGAUGUUGAGGAAUGGCAAUGACACUAACUGGACACAGUUGAGUCCCUGGCCAUCGUCCAACAAAGGCUGAGAACCCAUCUCCUCAGACUGACUCUUGGCUUCCUUACUCCAACUUACCUUCUAAACUUUCCUGAGCAUCUGAAGAUAGACUCCCAGAGCCCAGUUGAUCAUGAAGAAACUGAAUGAUGGAGAUGGCAAGACGCUUUGUGUCUGUCAUUUUGGAUUGAGGUCCAAACCUCUCAGUAGAAUGUGUAUUGCGAGGGACCCUGAAGAAGAAAGUUAAUGAGAUGUUGUAGGUAUAAAAAACAACAACAUCCACUGUAAAUAACUGGCAACUGGUUGGGAUUAAUUGUCUCCUACAUUUAUAUUAUAGCUACAUAACAUAAAAGCCUAUACGUUACCAUCUGUUUCGAUAGCGGACUGAAGUUCACCGUGGAGUUAAGUCCGCUAGUGACUAGAUAGUUUCGUUUCUUAAUCCUAAACUAAUAACAAACAUGCUAACAAGCUAGUUAGUUUACUUGGCAGGUGACGUUGCUAGCUAACUAGACUGUUCUAGUAAGUUGCUUAUGGUCGGCUGCUAGCUAAUGCUAAUACGGCUAACACAGCUAGCAGUUGGUCUGCCAUGUGAAAGCACUCAGUGUAUUGCCACAUUAACAGACGAGCUAAUUUUGUUUACGUGUAAGGAGCUGGUUAAACUUACGUGGAUAGCUUAACUAGGGCUAACUAGUAUUUUGAUUGUAGCUAUCUAGCUUAGCAUUACUGACAUGACGGCAAUAACAUGGCUUUCUGAGCACUUUACCCCGAUUUACUCAACUGACAGAUAGCUAUGUGGUUUAAAGAGCGUUCAGCUAUGCCACACGAUAUAACAUAUAUACAAAUGUGUUAACUAGCAAUAAUUAGUCUUACCAGUUGCCUUUGCUUCAGAUGUUCCUCGCAGUAACGUUAGCUGGUGGUGAUGGGAGAAAAAAAUGUGUUGAUUUUCGUCGCAUGUGUGACGCGUCAUAUCAGUGUAGGCUGAAGCAUGCGUCUUUACGUCAGUGUGCGUGCCCCCAAUUUUGACUUUGUGGCUGUGGUACCUAAGGGAAACAUCAGUGGUCAAAACCCCUAAUCGCUGAAUUGGCAUCGUCAACCACAGGCUGUAAAACUCACCGCGAACGUUGCUUCUCAGAUUUCUGAAAUAUGGCACCGACAGGAGAGGUGGCGUCUGGCAGUGGUGCGCAAGUGUGUGCUGACAACCGCCUGCGCUGGGACCUGACCCCCGAGCAAAUCCAUCAGCUAUCAGAUGAGCUUAUUGACAAGACCAAAAAGGUGUAUGACUGUGUUGGGGCCCUGGACCUGGCCAGUGUUUCCUAUGAGAACACCCUGAAAUCCCUCGCUGAUGUAGAGGUGGAGUACACAGUUGAGCGCAAUAUGCUGGACUUCCCCCAGCACGUGUCUUCCUCCAAGGACGUACGCACGGCCAGCACCGACGCCGACAAGAAGCUGUCCGAGUUUGACGUGGAGAUGAGCAUGAGGGAGGACGUCUACCAGAGGAUCGUGGCACUGGAGGGGAAGGUUGACGCUGACACGCUCACUGAUGAAUCCAAGAGGUACAUGGAGAGGCUGAUCAAGCUGGGUCAAAGGAAUGGCCUCCACCUGACUAAAGAGACACAGAAUGAAGUCAAAAGGAUUAAGAAGAAGCUUAGCAACCUGUGCAUUGACUUCAACAAACACCUGAACGAGGACACCACCAGUCUGGUUUUCACCAGAGAGGAGCUGGGCGGUCUCCCCGAGGACUUCCUGAGCUCGCUGGAGAAGGACGGGGACAAGCUGAAGAUCACCCUCAAGUACCCUCACUACUUCCCCACCAUGAAGAAGUGCUUCAUCCCUGAGACCCGUAGGAAGCUGGAGGAGGCCUUCAACUCUCGCUGCAAAGAGGAAAACUCUGCCAUCCUGAAAGAGCUGGUGCAGCUGAGGGCUCAGAAGAGCUCCCUGUUGGGCUUCACCACCCACACUGACUUUGUCCUGGAGAUGAACAUGGCCAAGUCUGGCAAGAAGGUGGCCGGCUUCCUAGAGGAGCUGGCCCGUAAGCUGAAGCCCCUGGGGGAGGAGGAGCGCAAGGUUAUCCUCGCGCUGAAGGAGAAGGAGUGCCAGAAGAGGAGCCUGCCUUUCAAUGGCGAGCUGCAAGCCUGGGACACGCGCUACUUCAUGACCCAGGUGGAGGAGACCCAGUACGCGGUGGACCAGAACCAGCUGAAAGAGUACUUCCCAAUGGAGGUGGUGACCCGGGGCCUGUUGGACAUCUACCAGGAGCUGCUCAACCUCACCUUUGAUCUGGUGGAGGGCGCCCCAGUUUGGCACGACGACGUCACUCUCUACUGCGUCAAGGACCGCACCUCGGGCACGGUGGUGGGCCAGUUCUACCUGGACCUCUUCCCAAGAGAGGGGAAGUACGGCCACGCUGCCUGCUUCGGCCUGCAGCCCGGCUGUCUGCUGUCGGACGGGACCCGCCAAAUGGCGGUGGCAGCCAUGGUGGCCAACUUCAGCAAGCCCACGGCCGAUGCCCCCUCCCUGCUGCAGCAUGACGAGGUGGAGACCUACUUCCACGAGUUUGGCCAUGUCAUGCACCAGCUCUGCGCUCAGGCGAACUUUGCCAUGUUCAGCGGGACUCACGUGGAGCGGGACUUUGUGGAGGCGCCCUCCCAGAUGUUGGAGAACUGGGUGUGGGAGAAAGAGCCCCUGCAGCGCAUGUCCAAACACUACAAGACGGGCGCCCCUAUCCCUGACGACCUGCUGGAUAAACUCAUGAAGUCCCGGCUGGCCAACACGGGUCUGUUUAACCUGCGUCAGAUUGUCCUGGCCAAGGUGGACCAGGCACUCCACACCAAGAAUGGCCUGGACCCGGCUGAGGAGUAUGCCCGGCUGUGCCAGGAGAUCCUGGGUGUGCCCGCAUCCUCAGGAACCAACAUGCCUGCCACAUUUGGCCACCUGGCAGGUGGUUAUGACGCCCAGUACUACGGUUACCUCUGGAGCGAGGUCUACUCCAUGGACAUGUUCUACGCCCGCUUCAAGCAGGAGGGCAUCAUGAACCCAAAGGUGGGGCUUGACUACAGAAACUUUAUCCUGAAGCCCGGAGGCUCGGAGGAUGCUGAACUGAUGCUGAAGAACUUCCUAGGGCGGGAGCCAAAGCAAGAAGCUUUCCUUCUGAGCAAAGGACUAACGGUUGAGCUGGAGGCGGACACUCCAUGUGCCUGUUGACCAAUCACAACCAGCUCAGCGUGAACAUCUCCAACCAAUCAUACCCUUAGGACACGGGCACAAGGGACCUACAUUUUCAACAACAACAAAAAAACGACGAAGACAAGAAUUGAUAAAGAGAAGAAUUUCCAGUUUCUGCUGCUCUACAGCAGUGUUCCCCAACCCUGGUCCUCCAGUAUCCCAACAGUAGACAUUUUUAUUAAGCACACCUCGUUCAACUUGUUAACUAAUCAUCAAGCCCUAAAUGAGUUGAAUCAGGUGUGCUUGUCCAGGGUUACAAUAAAAAUGUGUACUGACCAGGGUUGGGAAAGAUUGCUCUGCAUGCAAUAUCACCCAGUUUCCCCCCUUUUGUGCUGUGUUUGGAGGUAUAUUUUAAACUGCAAUUGUAUUCAAGUAAGGAAGAGCAAAAUACACUAACAAAGAAUUGA